AAUCUUUCUGGGUUUGCUUGCACACCGGGCAGUAAGGAUAUCCAAAACCAUGUGUCUCUUGGGUUUCUCUGAUUUGAAGAAGCUGUUCUCAAAGAUCGAUAUCAACAACGAUGGAGUUGUAAGCAUCGAUGAGCUAACACAACUCUUAGACAAGGUUAGUGUCUAUAUCACAGCAGACGAGCUCGAAGGAAUCGUGGGAAAAACCACUCUAAACCUACAAGAAUUCGUUGCUUUCUAUGACUCCAUAUCGGUUCAGCUUACACAAGAAGAAGAAGAAGAAGAAGAAGAAGAAAGAAGUGAUGAUGAUGAGGAGGAGGAGAAAUAUUUGCUUGAGGAGGCCUUCAAGGUGUUUGACUUGAACCAUGAUGGGUUUAUUAGUUGUGAGGAACUUAAAAUUGUGCUUUUGAGAUUUGGGUUGUUGGGUGAAUCUAGUGAUGGGGAUUGCAACAAAAUGAUUUGCAGGUUUGAUUUGAACUCUGAUGGAAAGCUUGAUUUCGAGGAGUUUAAGCAUAUGAUGUUGCUAAAUGCUAGUCAGUAAUUAGCAAACAUUGCCUAUCAACCUUUUGUGUAAGAG